GGAUGAAAGGUGCCCAAGCCAAGCAACCAAUGACGUCGCAAAGUCCCCGCAGACCUCCAGCGACGCGCGCACCCAACGAUCAACCCUCUACACGCGCAACCGUUACAUAGGCUCACUCCUGCCACAUCUUCCUUCCAUUCUCUACCAAAACCGCAUAAACGAUGGCAGCAAUAUCCCCCGCCCCCGCCUCAACACCCACGCCCACACCCUCUACAGCAACAACGCUCACAAACCCCAACUUCGUCUUCCCACCGCACUACUCCUUCCCCCCCUUCUUCACCCUCCAACCCGUCGCCAGCACGCGCUCCUCACAACUCGCCUCGUGGUCCACGCUCAUCCAAUCCUACUGCCGCCACAACCGCAUCUUCACCCUCUCGCUCAUCGACGCGCUCCCCACCCCGCUCUUCACAAACGCCUCCCUGCGACGCAGCCUCUCCCUCCGCGACGCAAAAGCCAUCUUGACCUACAUGGCGUCCCCCGAAGGCGGCAACCGCGCCGAAUUCAUAAACACGAGUUCCUCCAAGAAGGCGAAGGCGGGAGAAGAGAGCGAGGGCGGCAAGGCGUGGAUAUAUUGGCGGAGGCCGGAGGAGUGGGCUGCGGCGUUGGAGGAGUGGGUUGAGCGGACGGGGCAGAAGGGCACGGUGCUAACGUUGUAUGAGAUUGUGGAGGGGGAUGCGAGUCGGCGGGAGGAGUUUUUUGGCAUGGAUUUGGAGUUGUUGCAGAGGAGUUUGGGGGUUUGUGUUAAGAGGGGGAGGGCACAGGUUUUUGGAUCGGGGGGUGAGGGCGAGGGUGUGAAGUUCUUUUAAGAGAGUAUCUUGUGUGGGAUUCGGGUUGAUGAACCGUGGUGGAUAUACUUGGACAAGGAGAAUAUGCGUAGAGACGAGGUGGAUGAGCGCGUUGAAUGAUACCCACUCAUGUUUUACACAUGAAUAUUUAGAGCUUACAAGAUCAUAGAUACGAAAGACACUAUACACCUGCGAAGAAGGCUUCGGCAGCACCUAAAGUACUCAUGCCGCCUAC